AUGCCACAAUCGAAGCGCGUCCGGUUCCGCGAGGACGAACUGCAGGUGAAAAAUCUGCACCAACUCGGAACCGGUGCCAUCUAUGGCUCCCUAUUGCUCAUCCUUGCUUGCGGGUUGCUAACACGCCAUUUGGCCACUCGCCUACCGGCGGCUCUAACGGUUUCCGAUCUGGAACAAACACCAAACGCGUUCGUCGCCGAACGAGCUUGGACCAGCCUUAAAUCGCUUAACGACAUCGGACCCAAACCAACCGGAAGCUCAGCAAAUGAGGUGAUGGCGCACGAGUUCCUGUCGGGUGAGUUGCGCCGUAUCGAAGCCUCGAAACACGCGAACCAACAGCUUGAGGUGGACAGUCAGACGGCUUCCGGUGCGUUCAGCAUGUCCUUGUUGAACCAAUCGAUGACGAGCGUGUACCGAAACGUGCAGAGUCUCGUGGUGAGGCUCGCUGGCCAAUCGGACAGUGGGGUAGCGUUGUUACUCAACUGCCACUACGAUACGGUCGCCGGAAGUCCGGGUGCGAGUGAUGAUGGUGCAAGUUGCGCCGUCAUGUUGGAGAUUCUGCGUGUUUUGUCCCGGCGUCCGGUUCGCACACGACACGCGGUUGUGUUUCUGUUUAAUGGCGCCGAAGAGACGAUGUUCCAAGCGGCCCAUGGUUUCGUGACGGGGCACCGAUGGGCGGAUGAGGUGCGUGCCUUUUUGAACCUCGAAUCAGCCGGUUCCGGUGGCAAGGAAGUGUUGUUCCAGGCUGGUCCACAUCAUCCGUGGUUGGUUGAGGCGUACGCACGCGCCAUACGCCAUCCGUUCGCGCAUACGCUCGGUGAGGAGAUGUUUCAGCUCGGGCUCGUACCAUCCGAUACGGAUUUUCGCAUUUUCCGUGAUUACGGUGAGGUGCCUGGGUUAGACUUUGCGCACAUUGCCAACGGGUAUCGGUAUCACACGCGGUACGAUUCGAUCGAGUUCCUGUCGGCGGAGGUUUUGCAGCGCACUGGUGACAAUGUGCUGGCGUUGACGCGAGAACUCGCCGAUGGAGAUGUCCUGGGAGCUUCGGAACCUUUGCCCGUUGGUGAGAGUGUUUUUUUCGAUUUUGUUGGGCUCGCGUUUGUGCACUAUAGCGCCACCAGUGGGCAGUGGAUCAACCUGGUGGUUGCGUUCUUAUCCGUGGUCGUUCCCUUGAUCGGGUUCUUGCGUGUAAGGACGACCUUCGCGGAUGUCCUGCGGGAGGUCACGUUUGGGCUGGUGGCUACUGUGUUGGGAACGGUUUUUAGUCUCGUUUCGUGCACAACGCUCGCUCGCCAGCUGGAUUUUGUCGGUAAAAGCAUGACCUGGUACACGCACACCUCACUCAUCCUGGGGUUGUACUGCUGCCCGGCAUUGCUGGCGCAUUGCUUCGUGUACAUGUUCCUGGGGACUUUCUACUCCAACAUCAAGAGUGAGCUUUCGCUUGGACAAAUGACCCAAGCCAGGCUGGUGGGUGUGAACGUGUUCUGGAGCAUCAUCACACUGGCCGCAACCGCAGCAGGAUACCGAAGUGGUUACAUCCCGAUGGUGCUGCUUGUCUGUUCGCUUGUCUCCACCACGGCCCAACACGUGCUGGGAACGACCCGGACUCUACGCCGGUGGAUCUACGUCCAUCUUGUCUUCCAGCUUCCCGUUUUGUUGUGGUCAACCAACUUCUACAACACCCUCGUGCAGUUGUUCGCACCGAUCACGGGACGGUUUGGAGGAACACGCAAUCCUGAGGUGUUUAUCGCACUUCUGGCCACCUUCGGAACGCUGCUUUGUGGCAGCCAGUUCCUUCCGUUCCUCGGCCAGUUACGCAGUCCUACAAACUUCACCGCGAAGCUUUCGGCCAUCACCGUGCUGGCGUUGGUCCUAGCGUGUGUUAGCCCACUCGGAUUUCCGUACCGGGAUGAAAGCAUGACGUCUCAACCGACACCCCAGCGCCACUACGUUACGCACACCUUCCGCGUGUUCCACGACGAACUGGGUCUGUACAAGGACUCCGACUCGGGCUACUUGCUACAGGAGAUGGACCGAAAUACACGUGCGACAAUCGAGCAGUACGUCAUGAAACCGGGCGAGUCACUGGUUCCAAUGCGCCAGAUGGAUUCCUGCCGAAACGAGCUGUUCUGUGCCGUGCCCUUCUACUCGCUCUGGCACCAGAUGCGCUUCAACAACUAUUGGCUUCCGGGACCGGCGCCUGUCUACGACAACAUGGUGACGAUGGGUUACCUCGGUGAGGAGCAGCUUGGGUCACACACGAAGCGAUUGAUGUUUACGAUGGAAGGUAGCAUACAAUCGUCGAUCAUGAUUGGACCGAAGCAGGGCGUCCAACUGAUCGGGUGGUCCUUGCUGGAUCAUGUGCCACCGCCGGCAAAGUUUGGUGGCCGCGAGGGUCACUUUGUGUUCAUCACCCAUGGGCUGGCGGGAAAAGCGUGGAAUGUCACGCUCGAUGUGCAGUUCGAUCAACCCAAGCAAAAUGGUGAGCUGGUUGACAUCGUGGUGACGACCAAGUUUUGGGAGUAUCAGCACAUGCACACGCCCGACUUUGAUGAGCUGCUUGGAAAGUUUCCAUCCUGGACACACGUGGUCCCCUCGGUUGCGGUAGUAAGCGUGUUUCCUCUGUGAGCAAAACUCUACGCUUAUUAUGUAGCGCUGCCUUCUCGCCACGUCAUGUGUGCGAUUAUGUAAAUUUUAAUAAAGAGCUGAAGCAACA